AUGCAAUCUCAGAUCGCUGCCAAAAAUUCACCGAAUAAACAAUCGGGUUGGCAACAAAUUGAAAUGAUUUUAUCACGUUGUCAUCAACUACAUCGUGAGAAACAACAAUCCGAA